AAUCCACCUUCUGCCCAUGUUUUCCAUUCCGAUUUCGAUCCGACUCAGAAAAUGUAUAUCUCCGAAACCUGAUUACCAGGCCAGUUGGACAGAGAAUGAGCUACAUGGACGACUGUUUUGCCGGAGCCACGCAGGACUUCCUCAUCUGCAUCACCAUUCACAAGGCCAUCAAGGUGGGCGUAUCUACCGGAGAUCUGUACGUGCGGAUGAGCGUGGACAAGAUGACCAAAAGCACCAAGUCGUACCCCAACACCGAGAACCCGUUCUUUAACGAGUACUUUGUUUUCGAGUUCAACUGCACCCUGGCCGAACUCCUUCGGCUGACGAUCCUCUUCGAGCUGAAGAAGCACAUGACCUACAAGAAGAACGUAGUGGUGAGCGAGCUGAUGGUAGAUCUGCACAGCGUAUGGAACCAGGUCAAUCAUGGGUACUUUAAGAAGUGGGGUCGCCUAGAGGUACCCAUAGGGGACAAUCCCACCCAGGAAGCGGCCCAAGAGAGCCACGGCUACCUGCAAAUCGAUUUGGCUAUCGUAUCCCAGCAAAGUGCCGUGGUCAGUAGCUCACUGCGACCGGGGAAUCCGGAUACCCAAACGAUGAACAAGUGGGCAGUGGACCACGAUUUCGAUGACGUCGAAAAAAAUCUGCUGACAAACGCUACCUCAAUGGCUCCAAGCAACAUCCGCUAUUUCAUAGCCUUCUACCGGGGCUACUUCCUCCGGCAGAGCAGCUACAUGAUCCAAGUAUCGUUCGCCGGCUUCAAUGGAAAAACCCCGGUGGCCAAGAAUACGACGACGCCUGUAUGGAACCACGAGAUCUACUUCGCCUGGAUGUAUCCCUCUGUAGCCCAGCGGCUCCUCAUCUUAAUUUUAGUCCACGAGAAUUUGCAGUGGAAGUGUGUGGCCGAGUUCGAAUUGUCCUUCGAGGAAAUCGCCUUUAAAGGCACCCCGUCUUUGGGACCCACCUACAUACACCUUUACGACCCCAUCAACCCAAUGGUCUAUGUGGGUCGCCUGCUAAUGGAAGUGCGUUCCGAGAUGCUGACAGAAUCCCAGCCCAGUCACGCGCUGUCCUCGAAAACGGUGGUGGGCCUGGAUGAGUCACGUUACUGGUACGACGAAAUAUACCUGGUGGAGUUCCUCCCGUUAAUGGGUCAUAACAUUCAGACUUCGGACAAUGAGUACAAGAUUACGGCGUGUCUGGCCGAGCAUAGCUCCAAUGUGCUGGAAGGAAUGCUAAAGAUGCCAUCGGGUCGCUUCCAAUCCUCCUUGCAUUCGAAGAGUUUCCGCCGAAAGGCUCCCUUCCGAUCCUGCAUGUUCCGCGUCCGCUUGCCAGAUAAUCGAGCCAAGUAUGAGAGUGAUUUCUUCAUGUUGGAUGUGGCCAACUUCAUGCACUCUGAGCUGGACAUCUUCAAGAUAUUCCAGCUGAAGCAUCCAAUGCAGGAAGAGGAACAGGCCAAAUGCCUGAGGGCCAUUGUGGGUAAUAUUCUGACCAGGAUCAAGGAGGGUCUGGAUGCCCACCGCUUCGACCACGAGGUGAAACCGCAGCGAACUACCUGGGACAUCAACCGGCAGCUGUACCUGCUGGACUAUUUCGUCAAGCUGCCCCAGAAGCUCCACCAGCUGAGGCAGCGACUGCGUAGCUGCUACUUGGAGCACCUGGGAGCCACUAUGGGGGAUGUGGUCAAUGAACUGCAGCGCCUAGUGGCUGAGAUUGGAGCUUUGUGUAAUAUGGCCCGCCUGCAGGACGAGUGGCCGGAGUUGGUUUUGACCCUCAGCGCGGGAGGCAAAGAACUGGGAAGGUGUCGCCUGAAUGCCAAACUCUUUCUGCACCUUCGCCAGCAGGACUUACCGCUGCAGCAGGAAACGCUGUCUUGGCGACUGAGGAGCUUUCCCUUCAAGGCCUCCAGUUGUACCCACACCUGUCCCAAUUGUGGUUGCACUACUGCCAUUAUUUCGGGAUGCCUUUCUAUCGUUGUGGAACGCGAGAGAACGGAUUUCUUCACAUCGGUCAGAUCGGAUUGGAACAGUCUCGAGCCCAUGUUGUGGCAGCCAACCACAGACCAGACACAGUUUAUCUGCCACGUCUACGUUCAUCAGGCCAAGAUUCGUCAGUGGGGCGAGAAGAAGAGCGCCGUCGACUCCCACUUAAGGAUCCUGUUUGCGGACCAGGUCGGCGAAACUUAUAGAUCCCCUGGGACACUAACUCCCAUUUGGAAUACCGUGAUGACCUUCAAAUCCCUCUCCCUUCCCGGAGGCGUCAAUCUUUAUGCCAAGAAUCCACCCCUGCUCUCGUUGGAGUUCUUAACCUCGGAAAAGAUCAUCUCCGAUACUAUCGUGGGCAUGGGCUCCGUGUCAGCCAGCGUCAUCAGCGAGGAUAGGGCCACCGGCUCCAACUGGGAGGACACAGGUAGCCAUUGGUGGUGCACAAAUCCAGUUCAGAAUUUGCAAAAGCUGAGGCAUUUGACUCCACCGCCACUUAAAUGGGUGCCAAUAUCCAGGAAGGGUUCCGUUCAGGCCGAGGUCCUGAUGUCGGCAGAGCUCAUCGAACUGUCUCUGGAGGACAGUAUGCAAGAUGCACGCAAGGAGCCACUGCUGGCCACGGGAAUUCCCGCAGCCAUCAAACCGAAUAUGCAGAAUUUUAUCCUAGAGGUAUUCUUUGUGGGAUUACGAAACUAUACCAAGAGCAGCAUGAGCUCGGCGGGCAAGCGGAAAAUCAGGGUGAUGAUGGGCGACCUGGUCUUGACCAGUGGACCCUCGAUGGCUCGCGUUCGGAACACCAUCAACUUCCUGGUGGCCUAUGCCUCGGGUGUCGUGAGCCUGCCCGAUCAGCAGGAGUACUGGCCACCCAUUAUAACCACUGACGUGCUGCUUUCCGGCUUCAACAGUGAGUCCACCUUGGGAGCUGCUCUUAUUCCCAACUCGACGAGUUUCCUUCAACGCGACAAGACGCUCAGGUGUGUGUCCGCAAGGAGGCAGCCUUCCAGUGAUACCUCCACCACGGUCACUAUGGAUGCGGUCGAGGAGAAGGAGGAGGAGACGGAUGAAGAUGCAGAGCUGGAAUGGGAGGAGGAGGGCCCGCCAGCCAGAAUUACCAGCUGGUGGAGGCGAUUGUUGUUCAUCUUGGGGCUGAGGACGGCUGCCUACGCCAACCGGCAGGCGCUGAAGUACGAAGGUAACCUGGACGAAUCGGAGAUGGGCGAUGAGCGGGAGUACACCUGGUGGACCAAGUUCUACAACUCGAUGUACUGGAGUGCAGCGGAAAUGACCCAUGAGCACAAGCACCGCCUGGUCAUCUAUCCCAACGAGCUGGAAAAGGAGUCGCAGUUCGGUUACCUCAAGGACUGGGCCUUGGCCGUUUCAUUGGUCCACGGAGUCAAGUUCAAGAAGCAGGGUCCUCCGCGAGAGGAUGUCUAUGCCACGUUGAAGCUGCAGUUUAAGCUGACGCCCUGCCAGUGCUCGGUUCUCGAGGAUCCGGAAGCCGGUGGCGACAUGAUUCGUCCCAUGACCAAUCCUCUAAAUCAACGUGACCAGGCGUCGCUACGCUCACUGCAGGAGACUGUGAAGCUAAUCGUAAGGGUGUACCUAGUCCAGGGCAUCCAGAUGCGUCCUAGGGAUCUGAAAGGUGACUCCGAUUGCUACGUGAAGAUCUACCUCGGUGGCAAAACCGUUACCGAUCGAGCCAACUACAGUCCCAACCACAGCAAUCCUGUAUUCGGGCGUCUAUUCGAGCUGGAGGCAAACCUACCCGGAGACCACAUGCUGCAAAUCGUUGUUCACGAUCAUGACAAGGUCAGGGAUGAGAUUAUCGGUCAUACUUUCAUUGAUUUGGAGGAUCGCUGGAGGAGCAGGCAUCGGGCCACAGUGGGUUUGGCCAACGAGUAUAGCAAGAGUGGCUACAACCAUUGGCACGAUCACAAAUUGCCCUCGGAGAUCCUCUUGGAUCUCUGUAAAAAGAGGGGAAUUCCCCCGCCAUACUACUAUGGCAAUGCCAUCGAGGUAGACGGCAUGCUGUUUGGGGAUGAGACUGUGAUCUCAAAAGAUGAGUCACUAGGUGAGCGCCUCAGCCUGGCCGUACUCAAGAACCUGGAGAAGCUUCCUUCUCUGGGCUAUAAACUAGUGCCUGAGCAUGUGGAAACCCGAUCCCUUUAUCGUGAUGAUUAUCCAAACGUUGAACAGGGUAAGCUGCAGCUGUGGGUCGAGCUAUUCGAGGCGAACAUCUAUGUGCCCAAUGCCAUUGACAUAACGCCGGUGCCGCCUGCGUAUUUCGAGGUGCGUGUCGUGGUCAAGAAACUGGUAGGCAUCCAGGCCGGCGACAGGAACAUUUUCGGGAAACUAAUGAGCGACAUAUACGUGAUUGGAUGGUGCGAGGACGAGGACAAGGAGCAAUCUACCGAUAUCCAUUACCGCUCAUUUGCGGGUGAUGCGGCCUUUAAUUGGCGCAUGGUCUUCGGCAUGAAGUACUCCCCCAACGAGGACCUGAUGGUCAUCCGGCGCAAGCAUGGGCUGCAGGAGGAGAUCGAGUUCAAGAGGCCGCCCAUUAUCUAUCUGCAGGUGUGGGACAAGGACGUAAUCACACGGGACGAGUACCUGGCCGCUCUGGAGCUGAAUCUCUCCAACAUGCACGUUCCAUACAGCAGCGCCCAGUUGUGCAAGCCGUUUCCUAAGAAACGAAAGCGCAUCAAUCUCUUCAAGCGCAAGGUCAUCUCCGGGUGGUUUCCCCUUGAGAGUAAUCCGCAUCCCGCGCAAGCCGAAAGAGAAAAGGUCAAGAUGGGCAAGAUGCAGCUGCAGAUUGAAGUCUGCACGGAUAUGGAGGCAUCCAACCGACCGGCUGGACUUGGACAGGAUCCGCCAAUGGCUCUAGAGGCACCUUACCGGCCAGAUACCUCUUUCAAUCCCCUAACAAAUCCUUGGAAAUCCUUCAAGCACAUUCUCUGGCCCGCCAUACGGAAGUAUGUCCUUUGGACUGUACUUAUAUUGGCCAUUGUCGUGGGACUAGUGUUCACCUUUUCCGACCUGCCCGCCAAGCUCAUGGGCAUUCCAUUUAAGUGAGGUUUUAUUUUUAAGGGUUUUUAAUUUGUUUGUUUGUUUAUAUGUUUGUUUAGUUGUUCGUUUUAUGUUCUGAGCUAAAUUGAAUUGCUGUUUGCAUUUUUAAAUAUUUUCCAAUAAAUUUCGUUAUUUUUUCAUA